CUGUGAAUGAUUAUCGUCUUCCCACACAAGAAGACUUCAACGGAGCCAUGACAGCUGUCAUGAGACUACAGGACACUUACGACCUACAGCCCCAUGAACUAGCCUCAGGGAACCUCGGCAAAGAAAAGAGCUUGUCCAUGAACGCACUGGAUUGCUACCGUGUUGGAAACUCGCGUAUGAGGAGAAGAGCUGGAAGAAAGUUAGAGACUGGAUGAAAGAAGCACUGAACAGAUCUGAUGAUGGUAGUGACGUUGAUGUUGUGUCCAUCUAUGAUCUUCUCUCCUUUGCUGAGUUCUACCUCGGAAACACAAAGAGUGCUGCAAUGUACACCGAGCAACUACUACAACACUAUCCGAGUCACGAGCGGGCCCUCUCAAACAUGGCCGUACUGAAUGGGCUCAAAGAACAGAGUCCGGAACAGUUCAUAGAUGAGCAGCUGCCUUACUACGAGUAUGACACUAUGAACAUGGGGGAGAGGGAGGUGUACGAGGCCACUUGUCGAGAGGGACGUCCCUACCCUCCAGAAAUGGAAUGCAAGCUGACCUGCUUCUAUUACAAUGGUGCUAACAACCCUCGGCUGAUCAUCCAGCCAGUCAAGGUGGAGGUCGUCUAUCUGAGUCCAAACAUUUACAUCCUCAGAGACAUACUCAGUGAAAAAGAAAUGGAGCGAUUGAAGGAGCUUGGAGGGCCUGCGAUGAAGCGAGCAACAGUUACCAAUACAGAUUCAAAUGGAUUUUACAAAUAUGCCAAAUACAGAAUCAGUAAGAGUGCUUGGUUCAACCCUGAAGAUGAUGAACAAGGCUACCUGGCCGAGAUUGAUCAGAGGAUAGAGGAUGUCACCGGGCUCACUUUAGAAACUGCAGAGCCACUACAGGUUUGCAACUAUGGGAUUGGAGGUCAUUAUGAGCCACACUAUGACUUUGCUAUGGAAGGAGUCCAUCGACACAUCCUGGAUGCUGUCACACUAGGGGGCUCUGGAAACAGGAUAGCCACAGUUUUGUUCUAUAUCAGUGAUGUAGAAAAAGGUGGAGCCACUGUCUUCACUGAAUUGGGCCUCAGAAUACCUCCAUCUAAGGGUGACGCUGCGUUCUGGUGGAACUUGAAGAAAUCUGGAGAGGGUGAUGUUCGAACCCGGCAUGCUGGGUGCCCUGUGCUAGUGGGCUCAAAAUGGGUGUGCAAUAAGUGGAUUCACGAGAGAGGUCAAGAGUUCAGACGGAAAUGUGAUCUCAAUAAAGACUUGUGAUGAAUUGUUGGGUAGAGAAUCAAGUCAAACCAAUUAAUACCGAAUCCACAUUUUUCAUGAUUUAUACUUGUAUUUUACAUUUGCAAAAGACUUGAAGUUCUUGUGCCAAACAACAA